AUGUCAGACGCCGAGACCACCACCAAGGACCUGCAGGAGAAAAAGGAAGUUGUGGAGGAGGCAGAAAAUGGAAGAGAGGCACCUGCCAAUGGGAAUGCUAAUGAGGAAAAUGGGGAGCAGAAGGCUAAGAAUGAGGGAGAGGAAGAGGACAAAGGUGGGGAGGAAGAGGAAGAAGGUGAGGGUGAGGAAGAGGACGGAGAUGAAGAUGAGGAAACUGAGGCUUCUACGGGCAAGCGGGGAGCUGAAGAUGAUGAGGAUGAUGAUGCUGACACCAAGAAACAGAAGACUGAUGAGGAUGACUACACAGCAAACACGAAAAGCUAA